AUGGAACCUUCCGCUUCACUGUCUUCGGCUGCUUCUUCAGCCUCAUCCAUGACGAUCGACCCAUACAACCUCUCCCCGGCUGAUCAACCAGGUUUGAUCUUAGUCACUCAACAACUCAGUGAGGACAACUAUCAUUCAUGGAGCCGCGCUAUACGAAAAGCCCUCAAUGCCAAGAGAAAGCUUGGCUUUAUCACAGGUUAUGUUCCUCAACCUGAUCCUACCACUGAACUAGAGAAAUUUAAAAACUGGCAGUGUGUCAAUGAUGUAGUAAGCACUUGGAUUCUGAACUCUGUUUCAAAAGAGAUAGCCACUUCACUGGUGUAUACAAAUUCGGCUGCUGAACUUUGGAAUGAUUUGAAAGAUCGAUUUCAACAUGGCAAUGGCCCUCGUGUUUUCGAGUUAAAACGUGAUUUGAUGAAUCUCCGCCAAGGCACGAUGACCAUCUCACAAUACUUUACCAAGAUCAAAGUUCUUUGGGAGGAAUUGAACUCCUACAGACCUGUACAAUGCAACUGCGGUGAUGCUCGGCUAUGCAAGAAUUUCUUCAAGCAGAAUACGUCCAUUGCUUCUUGA